AUGCUCAUCAGCAAUGCCCAAGAAAAGAGCAUUACCAACUUCCAGCUUACCUUUCUCACAACCACCCAAAACAAGAAGAUGGUUCCCCUCGUCUGGCUCGUCACUGGCGCAACUUCCGGAAUCGGUCGCGCUACUAUAAAUGAGAUCAUUUCUCGCGGUGACAAGGUGAUCGCCUCCGGCCGCAAUGUCGAGCAGCGCCUCGGCGAACUCAUAUCCGACACUGUCGCCCUGCUCGAGCUGGACACCACCUCCAGCGAAGAAGUUUUAAAGCGCAAGGUUCAAGAAUCCUGGAACAUCUUUGGUCACAUUGACGUCCUCUUCAACAACGCCGGGAUGUCAUCCAUGAAGAGUGUAGAGGAAGCCGACGAAGCCUUCACAACCCCAGCCGCCUGGACUUCGCUCCCUUUUCUGGGAACCUACAGCGCCUCCAAGGCUGCCCUCUCAAGCUACGUCGAGUCCCUGCACAACGAACUUGGACCGCUGGGAAUCCGAUGUGUGUCCAUUGAGUGCGGUGGGUUCCCUACCAAUCUCGGCCAACCACGGUCCGAGGCGGAUUCUGCUUUCGGCACUGAAGGGACCAGUCUGCCGAAUGCGUAUGGCCCGCUGUUGGCGAAGGUGGGAGGCAUAUUUAUGAGCGAUCCCAUGAAAUUCAUGCCGGGACAUUUGGGUAGGGUUGCGACAGCGAUUGUUGAUGUUGUGAAGACGGAGGGAGUGGUGAAUGACAAGAAGUGGGUGGCCAGGGUGCUGCUGGGAUCGGAUGCGUAUGAGAGCGUGGUGCAGAAGUGUGAGGAGAUGGUGAAGAUGGCCGCGGAGUGGAAGGCGGCUAGUUUUGGGACCGACCGGGAGGAGGCUUUCGAUGGGAAGACGGAUAAGAGGUACUUGAAGUUUACGUCUCUUCUGGAUGGGGAGGAGUGA